AUGUCAAAUUAUCACAAUACUGAACAUGAUCAAGCUACUGUGAGUAGCCCAACUGAUAAAUAUCAGACUGAAAAAUACCCUCAACAACAAUCAGGUACCACUGGAACAGGUUAUAAUGGUGAAAGAAAAUCAACUGGUGGUGGUAUUUUUGCCAAAAUUGGCCGUAAUCCAUUGUUGACUUGGGGAUUGAGAGCUUUGCAAGCUAUUAGUUCUAUCAUUGCUCUUGCUUUGGCUAGUCGUUCAUUGAAUAAAUUUUUCAAUAGUGAAAGACGUAUGAGAUUUACUUCAUUUGUUGGUGCUUUGUCGCUGUUGUAUUUGAUCAUUUUAGGUUUACUAUCCUUUUUCAAGCCAUCCUUGGUUAUGGCUGGUCCAGUUAUGGUUAUGGAGGCCUUAUUAACUAUUUUGUGGUUGUGUGCUUUUAUUGCAAUCGCUUCUCGUUAUAGUGGGUUUUCAUGUAGAAGACAAUCAAGCUCAUAUGGUUCAUCUUCAGGAUACGGUUCUGGUUCUGGUUAUGGAAGUUCUGGCUCUGGGUAUGGAAGCUCUGGCUCUGGCUCUGGCUACAAUUACAUUACUUAUCCAAGAUAUGGUGGCUCAUCCCAUGUUACUGGAUGUCGUUCAUCUAAAGCUGCCAUUGCAUUUGCUGCUUUUAGCUUCUUGUUAUUUGCCCUUGGUACAGCACUUUUGUUCUUUAAUGUUUUCAAGAGAUUAAUGGCUCAUAAAAGACCAGCUGGUGAAUAUUUCAAUCCAAACUCUGGAAUUAGAUUGAAUAAACCAGCUUAUGCUUUUAGUAGACACUAUGAUCCAGAUACCGCAUAUGCUGGUGGAAAUACAACAGGAACUCAUAAAUACAGUGGUUCAGGUGAUGUUGAAUCUGGUGGUUAUGGUGAUACACACACUUAUACCAAUGAGAAUAAUGCAACAAAUCAAGGUACUGGUGCUGGUGGUUAUAACUCUGGAAAUUAUAAUACUUCAACAGGUAAUGAAGGUUAUAACUACGGAAAUACUGGAAACACCGGAAAUACUGGAGACGGCUAUUACAAUCAGCAACAAAACAUUGGUUCUGGUGGUAAAGCUGGAUCAAACGUUCAAUAUCCAGAAACUUCACAUCAAAGAACAUAUUAA